AUGCCACCGCUGCCAUCUGAAGAAACUAAGGUCAUCGUGAGGUCGAGAAGUGGUCUGUGUAUUAGCAAGGCUGGAGACGGUCUCAAUCCAGGGGUGGCACCAGACCACGUCCCAGCUCCCGUGCCCAUUUCGGAUACCGGACCGGACUCCUCGCCCAGGGCAGACUUCGGGCACGCACAGGGACUCCAGCUGUCGGGGGCAGUCCACGCCACCGAGGACCAGAGCAGGGGCAAGUCAAACCUAACCUGGGCCGACAGGAUUCGUAGUAAUGACGGCGAGCAACCCAUGCAAUGCGACCCGUCCCCAGAGCAUGCUAGAGACGCGGAGAUAUUACGAUUGAAAAAGGAAAACGCUGAGCUGAAGGAUACGCUUAGCAAGAUGCCGUUAAACGAACCUGUGUGCGACUACCUGCGUGAAGAAACCUUCCUACGGAGCGGACGCACUCUCCAGCGGCCCGCAGCUCCUGCUACCGUGGCCAUGGCAUCCGACAUGGACACCGCGGGUACCGAAGCCAGCGCGCUGCCUGCAGGCGUCCUUGCCAAACCACAAGGUGACUCCACUGACUUGGCUUCGCAAACCGCCUCCUUGCCCAGGGAUGCCGUACACGCUCCCUUGGACUUCGCCUCAGGCACCAUCCCAGGAGCAACGUCAGUACCGUCGCCGGAAGACAGGCGUAAUGCCUCGCCUGUAACCGCCAGCGAAUUCUGCAUGGUUCUGCAGGCCAUCGCUACUUCGAGCCAGCGUCUUGCAGACACCACCGUCACCUUCUCAGCAGCGUGUGCACGCACCACGUUGCCUCCUCUGUCUAUGGCAGAAAUUCCUGACUUUACUGGCGUUGAUCAAGACUCAACUGUCUGGCUGGAUGAAAUCCAUUCGUUGGCCCGUCGACAUGCAUGGACUGACGACGUGACGCUAUCGCUAGCCGUAAGCCGACUGCGCGAGUCCGCGAAAGCGUGGCAUCAAUACGAUGGCUGCAAGUACAAAUCCAGCAGUGACUGGACUACAGCCUUCGUCACGGCCUUCCCACUACUUCCAUCCACAUACGGUGACCAUUUCAUACGCAUGCGAUCGUGUCGGCAGGCUUCAUCGGAAGACGCCCGUAAAUAUGACAAAUGUGGCAUUACAUGGAUCUCUCCGGCUGCCCGCCAGUAUGUCGUUGAUGGCUUGGCUGACCCUACCCAUGCUGCUAUAUUAUCUUGCCAGUCACCUGAAGCGUCACCCCAGUCAUGUGCUGAUCAGUAUGCCAGGCCGAGAUCUGGCGCUUCCCACGGAGCCCUGGCUCCCCCAUCACCUCAACUGCCCCAGGAGGGCGCUGCAGAGGGCACACCCACUGCAGUGGAGCAAGAAGCCUCCAACAAGCCUUCCGGCCAGGAACUGCUGCCACUCUGCGAUGUCCUCUUCAACAUCAUCUCCAUGGCAUCGUACUUCUGCGACAUUGUCUUCGACGUCAUGGUGGCAUACACGCUGUUGGUUGUGCGCCAGCAAAUGCUCUGGUUCUCCAUUGCUCUCACUAGCAUCCUGGGGUCACUCGUGGUCAGCCAGGGACUCUCCCUCCUUUGGUACCUCCAGCGCGGUGCAAAGACCAAGGCACGUCGAGGAGGUGUGUUAUUGCUUCAUGCCUUCCAAGCGGGCGUGCUGUGGCGCUACUUCAAGCUGCUACUGCCAGUACAUCUAAGCCGUGUCAAACAGGAGGUGGCAGACCUGUGUCUUCUACGUCUCGUCCAUGGCUUUGGUGAAGCUGCACCGAUGCUGCUGCUGCAGCUACAUCUAGCCUGGGCACAGCCAGCGCCAAGCAUGGUAGCCCCUCUCGACCGAGUCUCUGCGCUGCUCUCUUUGUUCAGCGUCUGCUGGGCCCUGGCCUCCUUUAGCAAGAACAUUCGUCGCCAGCAGCUUCACCAACUAGUCCUCACGUGGCUAGGGGUGGUUUGCCAGUUGGCUUGGCGGCUGGGAACAGUGUCUGCCAGGGCUUGUGCCCUGAUUCUUUACGCUUCGCUUUAUGGCCGUUGGGUAUUGGUGGUGCUGCUUUUACACUGGCUCGCCAUGCUGGUUUGGCUGGCGUCUCCACCCCCGCGGCUGUUUCGCGGAGAUGCACCCGGCCGCCGGCUCGCCUACUGGGCCCUGCUAGCUUACGUGCACACCAUCUGCUACGUCAAUCUAAGACCUAAUCCUGGACGACAGGGUAGGGCACGCUGCGCUGCUUUCUACACGGCCAUGUUUCUAGAGAAUAGUCUUCUGACAGCUGUUUGGCUUGCAUUGAAGCCAGGCCCACACUGGGGCCAGGACCUGGUGCUGUUUGUUGUGUGGGGAGGGUUCUUUCUCGGGCUGGGCUUCAUGCUUCUUUAUUACCGAUGGUGUCAUGUACGGAGGCUUGUGCCUCCGCCACGAGCGCCUGCUCCAGCAGCUCCAACAGGGGUGUUCAAUUGCCGGCUAAAUCCAGCGGCACUCAAAAGGAAACGCAAGAAGCCGUCAUCGUUUGUUCCGCCUGCUCAGCCUUUCUGGAAACGCGCUCCGGUUGGCAGCAAUGCGGUGCCAGCAGUCGACAUACAGCAGAAGCUCCAAGAGAAGCGGCGUCAGCAACUUCAAGACCUUCUAGCUAUUGAAGAGGAGAUGAAGCAAGGGAAACUUCCUCCGAGGGGAACACUACAGAUGCAGGGUCCCACACCGCGGCAACCAAUUCCACGCUCCAAGAAGCAGCCAUGGCUCCGCAGCCCCCCGCAGUUCUGCUAUCGAUCACUGCUUGGUGGCUCACCUGAGAUCCUGUUGUGCCCGCAGCGCCUUGACCCAGAGCGAGGCGUUGGCAGCCUUCGUAUACCACCCCAGCCACGUGAAGUUCGAUGGACCCAGAGACCGUUCACGUUCCGUGAGAGCAAUUCGAGUGAUGGUGAUGUGGACUCGGCCGAUGAGGAUGCGUCUGCACGGUUCCGCGCGUGCCGAACAUUCCUAGGGCGUCCCCACGGACCCGAGACUCAGCUUUGACCGCUUCUUGUUGGUGGUGAGAACGACCACAUUGAACUCCACUGCUCCUUUGCGUUUUUGCACGUGGAACAUAGCGUGAAUAUUUAUUACCAGUACAUUUUCGUGCGACCAGUUUUUAGAUCAUGUGCCACAAAAAAAACGAAAAGAACAGAAGCCAGUAUAAUAACACUGUGCAUUUAUUCUGCAUUGAAACAUUGUGUCUUCUGUUCUGUACAUGGCUAUGCAAAUACUCAUGAAUUUUUUACAUUGAAUCAAAAAGUGUCCUGUACCAUUUGAAAAUGAAUCAAAUUGCUACUAUUUGUAAAUUCAAACACUUUUUCAGCACUUCAUGUAAGUUUCAGAAUGUCAAGUGCAUAUAAAAUAAUGCAAUACAAAUUAAAAGGAAAGCACAAUAAAAUUAUGUCAUUUAUUGACAUAAUUUAUUGCAUCAUUUAUUGCUCCAAUAAAUUAUGUCAUGUAAAAUUAUGGAAAGUGCAAUAAAAUUAAAAGGAAAACGCAAUAGAAUUAUGUAUUCAAGAGCGCUUAACAGGCAAGAUACAAGAGACAGACUACGCAAACAAGCACUAUGCCCAUAUGGAUCAGUACAAGCUCACCCGAAUUUUCGUGCUUCAAAAAUUAUGUCUUUGUCGGCAUAUUAUAUGUUGACACAAAACAUGAGAACGUAUGUAGUACAGCUAGCGACAUUGCUCAGGUAAACAGACUUUACUGGCUGUGCAAUAAUCUGCUGUGUGCUAAUUUUAAAAGUUCUGUCCAUUUAAAGAGUCUGCUUAUUUUUUCCUCAUCGUCCAUUUAUGCUAAACGUAUUGAAGCUCCAAAAAACUCAAAAGUAAGAAAGAAUAAGAGGAGAUAGCAAAAAAAACAGUGCAUUUAGUGCUAUACAUAUGUUUAUUUGCACAUAACCCUGUAAAUAUAGCUAUUAAAUGUACAAUUUUCUAUGCAAUUUGCCUCUGGCAUUUUUUUAUUUUUGUUUGAUUCAGGAUUAGAAAAAUCACAAUUUGCACACCCCUAAUUUUAUGCAAUUAUGUAAUUUCUAUGCUACUUCGUCAUUUAGCAAGGGUCCUUUCAAUCUUGUCAAAAUUUUGCAUAUUGUGUCCACUAGUGCAAGGCUGCUGCUAGCAUACAAUGUCUGCAUUGACUAGAGCUUAUCCAACCAAGCUGUCUCAAGGUUUCAGUUCUAUGCGAUAAAAAAUUUGUAUCACUUUGUGGUUUCUGACCAAGCUUUCUAGGUUUUCUCUCUCUCUCUCUUUUUGUUUGUUUGUUAGAGACCAACCACUUCAAAAUGCAAUGUCACAGUCAUCAAGUAGUGCACACUUUGCACUACACACAUGCACACUUGGCACUAGUUUAUAAUAAAGCCAUUUAGAAAUUGA